AUAGCAGCCAUGAGGCUCCCGGGUGCAGUGUCCUCGUGGGUCCCCGACCGUCAGGACGCCCCCUUCGCCUAGCGUGCGCUGCAGGAGUCAGCGUCCCGCACGCGCUCGUGAUGAGGAGGGGUCUGGCUCUCCUCGGCCUGGCCUUCCUGUGGCUUCUCCCGUCUGGACGUCCUCAGCAGACGGCGGAAGACGCCUGCUCCCUGCACAUCCUCGUCCCGGGCCUCAAAGGGGAUGCCGGACAGAAGGGGGACAAAGGUGCACCCGGACGGCCCGGAAGAGUCGGCCCCACGGGAGAGAAAGGAGACAUGGGUGACAAAGGACAGAAGGGCAGUGUGGGUCGCCAUGGAAAAAUUGGUCCCAUUGGUUCUAAAGGUGAAAAAGGAGAUUCUGGUGACAUAGGGCCCCCCGGCCCCAAUGGAGAACCAGGCAUCCCGUGUGAGUGCAGCCAGCUGAGGAAGGCCAUCGGGGAGACGGACAACCAGGUCAGCCAGCUGACGGCGGAGCUGAAAUUCAUAAAAAAUGCUGUCGCCGGCGUGCGCGAGACCGACAGCAAGAUCUACCUGCUGGUGAAGGAGGAGAAGCGCUACGUGGACGCGCAGCUGUCGUGCCAGGGCCGCGGGGGCACGCUGGGCAUGCCCAAGGACGAGGCCGCCAACGGGCUGAUGGCCGCCUACAUCGCGCAGGCCGGCCUGGCCCGCGUCUUCAUCGGCAUCAACGACCUGGAGAGGGAGGGCACGUUCGUGUACUCGGACCGCUCGCCCAUGCAGACCUUCAACAAGUGGCGCAGCGGCGAGCCCAACAACGCGUACGACGAGGAGGACUGCGUGGAGAUGGUGGCCUCGGGCGGCUGGAACGACGUGGCCUGCCACGUCACCAUGCACUUCCUGUGCGAGUUCGACAAGGAGCACGUGUGAGCGCGCCGCGCACGUGGCCCCAGCGGAGCAGUGCG